AAAAUGGAUAAAGGUUUUCACAAAAGUGUUAAGCAGCAAAACUGCUUUCAACAUUGAUAAGAAAUGUUUCUCAAGCAGUAAAUCAGCAUAUUAGAAUGAUUUCUGAAGGGUCAUGUGACACUGAAGAACGGAGUAAUGAUGCUCAAAAUUCAGCAUUGCAUCAGAAAUAAACAAAGUAAAAGAUAUCCCUUUUAAGGCAGGGGUGUUAAACUCAAUUCCUGGAGGGCCAGAGCCCUACAGUUAAGAUUCAACCCUAAUUAAACACACCUGAUCCAACGAAUCAGUUCCUUCAGGCUUAUUUGAAAACUACCUGGUAUGUGUGUUGAAACGAAACUCUGCAGGGCUCCAGCCCAACUAAGUUUGACACCACUGUUUAAAGGCUACUGGCCCAAUGACAGGCUGUUGUAGGCCUACACCUUAACGUAAAUUGUUUGCAUCUUUCUUUUUUACUAUCUAUUUACUUCCUGGGCCCUAUUGUAUUAUAUUUAAUAGAAUUUUAGUUCAGACAAAAAAUUGUCAUGAACUUCAAUUCAUUCAUAGUCGUAUUAAAAAUGAUAUACAGGACACACAGACAGGUGUACUCCUGUGUGUAAACUUUAAUGCCUUAAAUCUUUGUGUGCACUUGAAUUGCUCUUCUAAGUUAUUUAACACAAGGGAUACAGAUGCAUAAGAAUAAGAAGGACUGAUACGUUACUUUCUAAAGCCAUCUCAUUAGCUUCUCCUUGAGUAUCAAAUCCUCAGGUCUGCGCCAAGUGUAUGUCACCUGCCCAUGCAGUUGAAAACGCUCUCAUUGGCUGGACUGAGGGGCGACGGGGAGGCACAGGUAGUUAAAAGGUAGUGAUCUGGAUGCAGUUUUCUCUUAGAGAAGAGAACGGAGUCCAACGACUAGGUAAGUAUUAGCAGUAUUUUUUCCUUCAGAAAAUGGAAAGAUUUAGUUCCAUUUGGCGUCAACUUCUAUCAUCAGCGCAUUUUGUUGCUGUUUGUGUGCAGCUACCUGUACAAUGCCUAAUAUUGUCCACCCGGUCAUCCUGCUGAUGGCCUUGCUGGUGAUAACAGCAGGGAAUCAAGCAUCACUACCCAAGACUACACCGUGGCCACGACUGAAACCCACUAAGAAGCCUCUGCCUCGAGAUGAAGGGGGUCCUCCACAGCCACCCGGCCCCAUAGGGUCCCAUCCGAUAACCACCACUGUGAGCCCCACCUCCAGUGGCAUCACAGAGGAAGUCACAGACUCCUUGAUGGACGCUUACUCUACUUCUCCCACUGAUAGCACCACCUACUCCAGUGAUGCUUAUUCUGCUGACUACCACACGGAGGCCAUGGUUCCUCCUGGGGCUGGCCCUGGAAACUACACGUUGGACUACAAUGAGUGCUUUUUCAACUUCUGUGAAUGUUGUCCACCAGAGAGAGGUCCUCCAGGACUAGUGGGAGAAAAGGGAUUGCCGGGUAUUCCAGGGGAAAAGGGGGAGAUGGGACCUCCUGGACCUCCAGGUCAGGAUGGACUCACUGGUGCUCCAGGGCCGCAUGGAGGAAAAGGAGAGAAAGGUGAUCCUGGAGUGAGUGGGCUACCUGGGAUUCCUGGUGUUACCGGGAAACAAGGAGAGAAAGGUGAAAUGGGCCUCAAAGGAGACAAAGGAGAUACAGGUUUAACUGGGCUGAAAGGAGACCCAGGGAACAGGGGAGAGCCCGGCUGGAAUGGAACAAAGGGAGAGGCGGGCGAGCCUGGCAUACAAGGACCAGCUGGCCCCCCUGGACCAGAUGGCAUCAAGGGGGAGAAGGGGGACAAAGGAGACUGUCCAUUUGGAGAGAAAGGACAGAAAGGCAGUAUGGGGGAACCUGGGCCUCAAGGGCCAAAAGGAGACAUGGGUGUGCCAGGUCUGAAUGGCACAGAUGGGCAUCCUGGGGCUAAGGGGCCGAAGGGAGACCCAGGACCCCUAGGUAAGCAGGGAGAGCCUGGUCCUCCAGGACCCCAUGGACCACCAGGGCAGAGGGGGAUGCCAGGGAUGAAAGGCACACGGGGCCUGAAGGGAGUACGAGGUGUUAGGGGAUUCAAGGGCCUAAAAGGUGAACCUGCCGUUCAAAAGCGCUCAGCCUUCAGCGUUGGUCUCUUUCCCAGCCGAUCGUUCCCACCACCUGGCCUGCCGAUCAAGUUCGACAAAAUCAUUUACAAUGAGGAGGGUCACUGGGACCCCCACGCUAGUAAGUUCAACUGCACUCACGGGGGGGUUUACGUCUUUUCCUACUACAUAACAGUGCGUAAUCGCCCCCUGCGUGCAGCCCUGGUGGUGAAUGGCAUUCGGAAACUGCGAACUCGCGACUCCCUUUACGGCCAGGACAUUGACCAGGCCUCCAACAUGGCAGUGCUCCGUCUAUCAUCUGGAGACCAGGUCUGGCUGGAGACUCUGCGGGACUGGAACGGGGUUUAUUCCAGUAGCGAGGAUGACAGCACAUUCUCUGGAUUCCUGCUCUAUGCUGAUGCCACCAAAGACUGAUGGCCAGGUAUUGCUCUGACCUCUGGAAGAACCAUUUUAGACCAGUACUUAAUGUUGUAGGGGUGAAGCGAAAGCCACCUAUAUUACCCAAAGCCGUCUACUAACAGUAACUGUACAGCCACUAAUUAUUGUUACCCGUUUUAUCGCCAGACAAAUCAAUGCUGGAAUGAGCAUUUUUUUUUGUCUUUUUUUUGUCUUUUUUUUAUGAGCUGAUGAUUUGUGUUAGCUAUGUUGUAGCUCUACAUAUUUAUACAAAAUAGCCAGCAUCUUACGCAAUAAAAUAACAAUGCUUUA